GAACACCGCCCCCUUGAACAAGUUCAAGGUGGUGAUUCAGACAACAUGGCAGGGAUAUCGGUUGUUUCUUGUCUACUGUUAGUGGUGUCGCUGUCAGCUCAGAAUGUCGCUCCUCAUGGCAUCACAGAUGAGCAGCAGGCCUGGGACUUCAUUUGGGACUACAACACCAAAGCUGAGAGGUACUUUUACUACAGAGCGAUGGUCACGUGGACCGCAGAGACUGGCAUCACACAGGAGAAUAGCCAGGAGCUGGACGUGGGUACAUACGGCGAUUUCGAAAAAGAAAUGGCUGGAAAGGCCUCCAGGUUUGACUGGCAGAACUUCAACAAUGCAACACUGAAGAGACUCUUCGGUAAAAUCACCACCCUUGGACCCGAGGCUCAGAGAGACUGGUUGAAGGAGGUGGAUCUCAGCCUCGUAUGCUGGUACAUGGCCCACAUUUACUCCACUGGGAAGGUAUGCGAGUACGACAACCCGUCAAACUGUAUGGCGCUGAACCCAGAUUUGGACGACUGUCUGGCUAGCAGCCGCGAUUACGACCGGCUGCGGUUCUGCUGGGAAGGCUGGCGGGACGCGGUGGGCAGGCCGCUGAAGGACAGAUACUCACGCUUCGUGGAACUCAGUAACGAUGCUGUCAGUCAAGAUGCUCAGAACUGGGCAGACACCGGUGCCUACUGGCGCUCUUCGUAUGAAACCGCUGACUUUCAGGAGCAGCUUGAGAACCUGUACAAUCAGCUCCAGCCUCUGUACAACCACCUGCACGCUUAUGUCAGGAAGAAGCUGCGGGAACGAUACGGACAGGACAAGAUCAGUGCUUCUGGACCCAUCCCUGCACAUCUAUUGGGUGACAUGUGGUCCCAGUCCUGGAUCAACAUCUACAACCUUGUGGAGCCUUACCCAAACAAGACGAGCUUUGAUGUGACACCAAAGAUGAAGGCAGAUGGAUGGACAGUUGAUCGGAUGUUCCGCAUAUCAGACGAUUUCUUUAGGGACAUGGGCCAAAUCGAGAUGCCGCAGAACUUUUGGGACAACUCCAUGUUCGUCAAACCAGCAGACAGGGAUGUGGAGUGUCACCCAUCUGCAUGGGACUUCUCCAACGCGCAUGACGUCAGGGUUCAGAUGUGCACUAACAUAAACAUGAACGACCUGAUCACCAUCCAUCACGAGAUGGGGCACAUCGAGUACUAUCUACAGUACAAGCAUCAGCCCGUUCCGUUCCGGGAAGGAGCAAACCCGGGUUUCCACGAAGCAGUGGGAGAUCUGCUGGCUCUGUCCGUGUCCACUCCGAGACACCUACAGAGCAUCGACCUCUUGGACAAUGUGGGCGACGACAACGAGUCUGACAUCAACUUCCUGAUGAGUAUGGCUCUACAGAAGAUCGCGUUCCUGCCGUUCGGUUACCUGGUAGACCAGUGGAGAUGGGCGGUCUUCAACGGCUCUAUUACCCCGGCAACCUACAAUCAGGAGUGGUGGAAACUCAGGACUCGUUACCAGGGUAUCGUGCCACCGAUCCCGAGAAACAACGCCAAGGAUUUUGACCCCGGAUGCAAAUACCAUAUCCCUUACAACACCCCUUACAUCAGAUACUUCGUGAGCUACAUUGUCCAGUUCCAGUUCCACAAGGCCCUGUGUGAAACCUCCGGACACACUGGUCUGCUGCACAAGUGUGACAUCUCUGCAGGGCCCAACAAGGACGCCGCUGGGGAACAACUAGCUCGAAUGCUCCGGAUGGGGUCCAGUCAGGAGUGGCCGGACGCUAUGGAGGUGAUGACCGACCAACGAAACAUGUCAGCUCAGCCGUUCGUGGAGUAUUUCCAACCGCUAAUCGACUGGUUGGAACAGAAUCAGGGUGAGAUACUCGGCUGGGACGAAAGCUGGGCUCCUCCUUAUAACUGCGAGGCUACCGAUGGCUUCACCUGUGCUGACGGGUCCAAGUGCAUCCGGCCAGGGGACCGCUGUGACGACGUCAUGGACUGUGCUGACAACUCCGAUGAACAGAAAUGUCCCGUCGCCUCAGCACGGAGCUCGAGCGUCACUGUUUCCAUGGCGACCACCUUUAUCUCAACUGUCGUCUGCAUUCUGCUGAAUUAGAGACGACAUUCUCCUGACGAAAUCUUGGCGAAGACAAUCACUAGCAUCACCAGUCAUCAUUGGUUUGAAGGGAUAUGAGGGUCAUUGGAAAAGCGAUUACUUACGCACUUUAAUUUUCCUUAUUCUAGAAGUAAACCGGUGUACAAUAUUCUUAGCAAUUGUUCAUUAACCUACAUGAUGUUGAUUAUAUGAUGCAAGUUGAUAUCCCCAAAUAAAGCAUCAAUGCUGAUAUCUACCA